AUGGGAGAUAGAUAUCUCGACACUAAAGAGCCUGCCACCAUUAGAAUCCCGACUAUCGCCGCCACCUUCGUGAGCGUUUGCGCCGUCUCUGCCCAGGGCAGAAGCUUCACCGGCCCUCGCGCAUCAAGUGCCUGGCAUGACUUGGCGUCGAUCCCGCUUCUCCCACCACAGGAGCAUGCCGCAGUCGCGAUCAACUCCACGGCCAUCGCCGUCCUUGGAGGCAUCACGGGGUCCUCGGCGACGGGCGUGUGGAACAACACCGACCUCGUCACCCUGUAUGACGUCCCCUCGGACAUGUGGACCCCCGCCGCUCCUUUGCCCGUGGCCCUCAACCACCCCAACGCCGCGGUGGUGGACGGCAAGAUCUACCUACUCGGCGGCCUCGCCGAGACGUUGGACCAGAACGGGACCUGGAGGGCGGUCCCGGACUGCUGGGUAUACGAUCCGGCGCGAGACCGCUGGGAGCCCGUCACCCGCUUCCCUCCCGGCACGGAACGGGGCAGCGCGGCCGUCGGCAUCUUCGGCACCAAGAUCUACCUAGCAGGCGGCCUUCGGUCCAUGGAAACAGUCCCCGGCGGCACGAUCGCCACCGUCGACGAUGUAUCGGUGUACGACACGGCGACGGACACCUGGACCCCCCUCGGGACUCACCCCCUGCCGCAGCCCAGAGACCACGCCGGCGGAGCCGUCGUCGCCAACGUGUUCUAUGUGAUUGGUGGCCGGCACGUUGCCGGGGGGCUCCUCGCAAGCGACUCUGUAUACGUCCUCGGCCUCGCUGCUCCCGACCGCCAGGGCCGGGCACGGCACGGCGGUGUUUGGCGGCCGGAUCUACACAUUCGGCGGGGAGGCAAACCUUCAGGCGGCCUCGGGGGUGUUCAGCGAGACAGAGGUGUUGGACCCGGCGACGGCAUCAUCAUCCCGGGGGGGGGUGGCCUGGGGGUCUAG